UUUGUCACAAUGCAGUAUCAGCACAGUAUCACUGAGAGGGUUUGGGACACAGCCCACCUCCCAGCGAUUCGGUAGGGAAACCCCACGUCCACGCCACGGUGACGUAGCAGAUACAGUGUGUGGCAGUGAAAACCCUACAGCUGCGUCCAUCAACCAAACAAAGCACAUUCUUUCCCAGCAGAGCGGAAGGGGUUAAGGAGGUGUCGCCGCCGCCGGUGUGAGCUCCAGCGCGCAAUGAAACAUCCCCAACACAACUGACGCUCCAAACGGGGCACCGACAGGGUGGUGGAUUCAAGAAAGAAAGCGCUCAAAGAGGCAAAGGAACAUCUUAAAACCUCGAGUUGUGACACCAUCAGCUUUGUUUAACAGAGUUGUGCCUCCGAACCUACUGUAAAUGGCACGAAGUGAGCGCGCUUACAACACUUCAUCCUGAGCCAGAAAAAGGAUAUCAGCUUUUCUUCUUCAUCAUCUGUUUAAAGCACACACACACACACGAAAGGAGACGGAGGUGAACUAAAAAGGAUACUAAAAAAUAAAGGCAAAGUGGAAGCAUCGGGGGGUUUCGGAUGAGCGGGCGGCUGGUUUUUCUCCCGCGGCUGGCUGAUGAAGUUGACCGGGCGGUGUGGCGCUCUCCGCUCGCCGUGUAGAGGUGCGUGAGGCUAAGCUUCAGCUUUGGAGACGCGCUGAACCCGGACUAGCGCAUCAGGAUGCCGGUGCGACGCGGACACGUGGCGCCCCAGAACACUUUCCUGGAUACCAUCAUCAGGAAAUUCGAAAGUCAGAGUCGAAAGUUUGUCAUAGCCAACGCACGGGUGGAGAACUGUGCCAUCAUCUUCUGUAACGAUGGCUUCUGUCACAUGUGUGGCUACACGAGGGCCGAGAUUAUGCAGAAACCGUGCACCUGUGACUUCCUGUAUGGGCCGCACACCAAGCGCCUGGCCAUUGCACAGAUGGCUCAAGCGCUUCUGGGCUCGGAGGAAAGGAAAGUGGAGAUCACGCUCUACAGGAAGGACGGUGUGUGUUUUCUGUGCCUGGUAGAUGUGGUUCCGGUUAAAAAUGAGGAUGGUGUGGUGAUCAUGUUCAUCUUAAAUUUUGAAGUAAUGAAUGAAGAAAAACUGCGCUGCCCCAACCAGGGGCUGAACCAUAGGCUGCCUCUUCCCUGGCGCUCCACAAAUCGAGCGUGUCGUAUUCGUCUGCAUCUGCCUCUCCUGCAGUCACACUGUAACAGCAAGUCAUGUUUGCGUGAGGACCCUGAGGCAGGCCACAGCGGUGACAUGUCUGCCACUGCCAGCUCUAGGCGUGGCAGCAGUCACGAGUCUCUGGCUCUGGGUGAACUCAUCUCACUGCCAGAACACGAGCAGGUCCAUCCCUCUGUCACCACACCAUCAGGCACGGCAUCCUCCUCCCUGUGGCCUGAAGACAGACACACCCUUCUGGGAAGUGAGUCCACACCACCUCCUUCAGCCUCUACACACUCCACGGCACUGCCCCUUGGUCAGUCCUCACCACAGGCACAUAGGCUCAACCCAGACGCUUCAGCCUCCAACUGCAGCCUGUCACAGAGCCGCUCACGUGAAAGCUUCCACAGUAUGCGCCGCGCAUCCUCUGUAGAUGACAUAGAGGCCAUGAAGCCUGAAUGGGAGCGCAGACACUCCAUACGACCAGCGAGCAGCAGUACAGGUGCAGUAAACAACAAGACCAGCAUGCUUAACUCUACCUCUGACUCGGACCUCAUGCGUUACCGCGCCAUCAGUAAGAUCCCCCAGAUCACCCUCAACUUUGUGGACUUUAAACCCGACCCCCUUAUUGCUCUCCCUCCCGGAGAAAUGGACAUCAUCGCUCCCUGCAAGCUCAUUGACCGCACACACAACGUCACAGAGAAGGUCACACAGGUGCUGUCACUAGGCGCUGAUGUCCUUCCUGAAUACAAGCUUCAGGCACCACGCAUUCAUAAGUGGACUGUGCUGCACUACAGCCCCUUCAAGGCUGUGUGGGACUGGCUAAUUUUGCUGCUGGUGAUCUACACUGCCAUCGUAACGCCAUACAGCGCUGCCUUCCUGCUUGGCACAGAGAAGGGGAACGAUACCUGCACAUACUGCAAGCCACUUAACAACGUGGACCUUGUUGUUGACAUCAUGUUCAUCAUUGACAUCCUUAUUAAUUUCCGCACCACUUAUGUAAACGCCAAUGAUGAGGUGGUGAGCCACCCACUGCGCAUCGCUGUGCACUACUUCAAAGGCUGGUUUCUUAUUGACAUGGUGGCCGCCAUCCCUUUUGACCUGCUCAUCUAUGACAACGGCGAGGAGACAACUACAUUGAUCGGUCUCCUAAAGACGGCGAGGCUCUUGAGGCUUGUUCGAGUAGCCCGGAAGUUGGACCGUUACUCAGAAUAUGGUGCAGCUGUGCUCUUCCUACUCAUGUGCACUUUUGCACUCAUUGCUCAUUGGUUGGCUUGCAUCUGGUACGCCAUUGGAAGUGUUGAACACGAUGAUGGCAUUGGCUGGCUCCACACUUUAGGGGGUCAGCUCGGGAAACCUUACAAUGACUCCAUUUCCAACUCAGGACCCAGCAUUAAGGACAAAUAUGUGACUGCCCUUUAUUUCACCUUCAGCAGCUUGACCAGUGUGGGAUUCGGCAAUGUCUCACCCAACACUAACUCAGAGAAGAUCUUCUCCAUCUGUGUCAUGCUAAUCGGAUCUCUCAUGUAUGCCAGUAUCUUUGGAAAUGUGUCAGCCAUCAUUCAGCGGCUAUACUCAGGUACAGCACGCUACCACACUCAGAUGCUCCGGGUCAGAGAGUUUAUUCGUUUCCACCAAAUCCCAAACCCACUUAGACAAAGACUGGAGGAGUAUUUCCAACAUGCCUGGUCCUACACUAAUGGAAUCGAUAUGAAUGCGGUACUGAAAGGCUUCCCUGAGUGUCUUCAGGCAGAUAUAUGCCUGCAUCUGAAUCGUACUCUACUGCAGAACUGUAAAGCUUUUAAAGGAUCCAGUAAAGGUUGCCUGCGAGCCCUGGCAAUGAAAUUCAAAACUACUCACGCCCCACCGGGUGACACGUUGGUCCAUGCGGGUGAUGUGCUUUCAGCCCUUUACUUUAUUUCCAGAGGAUCCAUUGAAAUACUACGUGGAGAUGUGGUGGUGGCCAUUUUAGGAAAGAAUGAUAUAUUUGGUGAGCCUAUCAACCUGUAUGCUCGACCAGGCAAGUCCAACGCUGAUGUCAGGGCUCUUACCUACUGUGACUUGCACAAGAUCCACAGAGAGGAUGUUCUGGAGGUUCUGGACAUGUAUCCAGAGUUCUCAGAUUACUUCUGGAGCAACCUGGAAAUCACCUUCAACCUGAGAGAUACCAACAUGAUUCCUGGGUCUCCGAGCAGCGAUGAUUCAGACUGUACUGGCUUUAACAAACUCCGCAAAAGAAAGCUUUCCUUCCGACGGCGAACAGAAAAAGAUGAUGCUGAUGCAGGAGAAAUCAAGAAGAAUCAGAAGCCAGUGCGACGUAACAGGAAACAUGCCAGGAGUAACCAGAAUGAGGGCCUAAAACCGGACCUUGAGGGGCCUCGCAGUUCAAUCUCUUCCCACUCCAGUGGUGAUGACGGGGAGGAUCUUGUUCAUACACGCUCCAUUCUACCAACAACAUUAUUGGAGCUCUCUCAAGCAGAAGGCACGUCUGCAAACUUUAAUGAUAACCCUGAGGGGGAAGCAGAUCCUAAAACGGGCAACACCUGCAAUGCCCUUUCAGGUGCACUCUCAGGUGUGUCCAACAUUUUUAGUUUCUGGGGUGAGAGUCGGGGUCGUCAGUAUCAGGAGCUGCCCCGCUGUAAUCUCCCAUCACCACCACCUCAGCACAACACCCCAUUACACAGCAUCUCAAGACAGCAGCGGAGUCAGCUGGAGAACAGGCUGGACAUGCUGCAGACACAACUCAACAGGCUGGAGACCCGUAUGUCCACAGACAUCAGUGCAAUCAUGCAAUUGCUUCAGAGGCAGAUGACGAUGGUGCCUCCAGCCUACAGCACAGUGUCCUCACCUCCCCAGGUAUCCCUGUACCUUGGCUCAAGCCCUGGUCCUGAAGACUCACUCAUCCAGACUAUCACAACUAUGGAGUCUGAGAGACUAUCCUCACUCUCACAGAUUCUGGACCCUCAGGACUUUGAAGAAUUCCCUGGCAAGUCGUGCGAGUCUCUCCACUUCAUGAGGGAGCCCUUACUUGGCCCAGGAGCCACCCCCCCACAGGCUGUGUCUAGCCUGGAACACAACUCUGAGCCUCCAGACCCCAACAUGCAGCGGCGCCUCUCCCUCCAAGAACCACAAACACCUCUGGACUCAAGGACACCGCAAAGACACAGCUCUGACCCUGGGAGCUAGGGAGGGAACGAAUGAGGGAGGACGAAGAAACAAUGAGUGGAGAGAGUAAACACAGAUGGGACGAGGCUCCUCAUUUUCCUGCCUCUCUCACUACUUCUCUCACUUUUUGUUUAAGCCCUCUUUCUCUUCCUUGCGAAUCACAUGGAGCUGAGGGGGGUCUUUUCCCUUCGUUCCUAUUUUUGCACUGACUUUGGGUUGGGAAUGGAGGGAUGAGUUGAGACUCAUGCGUAUGUGGAGCUGAAGGAGGACUGUCCAAAUCUACCGGACUUAAAGACCGUAAUCAGCAUAAGUACAACAUGAGGAUGGAGGCCCUUUUUAAAAUCUGUGCUGUAAAUGUCCUCAAGACUGGUGGAAACGUUAGCAAACUGACAUUAAAUAAGCAUGAAGAGCAAUGCGGGUGAGCAAGGUGUGCCGAACGUUGUUCAAACUUAUUGGCUUUUGUUUUAAAAGCAGAAUUCACCCAAAGGAAAGCAUCCAUCUUAAAAUUGUCCCUUUAUUACUGUUAUCCAGUAUUGGAUUAAUAUAGAUGAAUAAUAACGAAAAUAAUAAUUUAAGUAGCCAUCCUGUCUUGCACUGAAAUUUUGCAGAAUCUUUAUCUAUAUCAUGUUCGCAGCGCUUCCAAAGUUAAAAAAAAAAAAAAAAGGAAAAAAAAAAUAGAAAAAGACUUCUUAAACUUUUUAGUGUUAGCUGGCCUAACAGAAACACCUUGUGUGAUCUGUCUGUCCUGUCGAACCACCUCUUUCUCCCUUAAUGUCUGUGGUUAAAAACAUAUAGGAAAGUGAGCACAUACUCGAUCGGCUGAUUUGCAUUAGGGUGGAAUCGGAUGUGUCCAAAGCCAUGUCAUAACAGAACAUAUCAACUUUUUGUGCAUUGCAGGAUAUAGUGUGGCUUCAAUGCUAAAGUUAGCAUAAUAUGUGUUUGUAUUAAACCCUGCAUGAUGUCAGGUGAUGUUAAAAAUAUUUGUCCAAGUUUGCAUCGUUUAAAAGUUUCGACAAAAUGAAGUUUUAUACCUAUAUUUAUUAGGGACGUCCUGGUUUAUUAGCAAUACUUAACCCUAGAACCCACAACCUCACAUUAAUAUAUUUCUCUUUUUGGAUAAGACUGCAGAAAAAAAAAUCAGUUGCUUUACCCAAAUCUAUGUAUAUGUGUGUAUGUGUGUGAGAUAUGAGGUAAAGUUAAAAAUGAAUUGAAUUGUAUACAGUACAGCAAUCGACAUGCACUGUAUGGCACAUUUAAAAUAAGCUUAUCAGCUCCAUCAAGAUGAAGAUUGCUGCAUAUGAUUCUUCAGGUAGCAGAACAUUUUGCUCUGGGAACUAUUGUGCUGCAUGCUACUGGCAAGCAUCCAUAUACAGUACAGUAACACUAGCUGACAAAAAAAGGCAUUAUGGUGAGUGGGUUAAUUACUAUUACUGUUUGAAUCGUAAGUUGUUGGGGUUUUUUUGUAGAUACCGGAUAAUGCCUGAAUUUUCCCAAAGAUUAUUUUCUUUUAAGAAAUGGAGGCAAAAUCAAAUUUGUUGAUUGGCACCAACAAUCUUCUUUUCUAAUGUAUAACAUGUUGGAGAUUGCAGAGCACAUUCUCUUUUAAUCAGCACAUAGCUAUUAAUGGAACAGACAGUGAUACAAGUGCAGCAAGACUGAUUUCUACUCAUUCGCUAUAAACAAGUCAUUAUUCUCGUACGAGCAUGAUUUUUUUUUUUUUAAUACCUCUCCAAAAUAUAGCUGACCUCCAUGUAAUUAGAGCAACCACUCCAGUGCAACCAGAUCUUCAUGUUUCCGAACGCUGCACCUUAGCGAACAACCAAAGCACCGACUGUCUGCACAGGUUUUUCUCUCCAACGAUGUGGCUUGAUGUUGUGUGGAAGUUUGUGUCAAAUUCUGAAUGUAUUUUAAACGGUGAGUGCUGUUAAAACAACUUCAGAUACUUUGCUUUCUUGGCAAGAAAUGGUUUUCUAGCCUUCAUCAGAUUUUUCUCCAGGUAACGUAAGCUCUUUAACAAUGUUUAGAUAUACAGACAAUGCAGCAUAUACAUCCCUGGAAUUCAAUAUUUAAAAUGUAUUCAUAAUGGGAACGCAUUCAUCACCAACAUACUAACAUAACCUUCAAUUGUGUGUGACACCAUAUUGUGUUCUAGUGUACACUCGUGGUCACCUCUAUUAUGUAACCAAAAUCCUUGUGUUUGUUAUUUGUUUAGUGUACUGCUGUGCACUUUACAGAUCCCCCUAACUUGCAAGAUGUAAAUAAUUAGAGAGUUUUUUUUCACAUAUCUACUUCUCCAACAACUGUUAGGUAUGUAUAUAUUUUUUAGUCUUGGCUUUAAUUUAUUUUGUUAAUGUAUUUACACUGGAUUGCUUUUUUUUCCCUCCUUCUUAUGUACUAUACAUAAGAGUCUUGUAAAGGAAUCAAAUCUUGGCACUCAUAUAGCCGGCACUAUGCAGAAUCUGUCAUUUCCUUGGCAUGCUUUGAAAUGCGGAAGAAAAAACUGUAGAUGAAAAUAUAUACGUUUGAUUUUUUUUUUUCAUAAAUAACUAUUAUGUUAAGAAUGUUAAUAUUAAUAAUAAUAAUGAUAAUGAAAAUGACACUGAUGGUGAUUAUAUAAUACAAGACAAAUACCUUUGUGCACAUUUUAUUUGCAUGCUGCACUCAAAGGAUAGAGGUGCAAAAGGCAGCUGACUCGCUGUUGAAUUUUGAAUGUGUAGACAGAUGCACUGUACUUCCAGGUCACUUGCCAGAGUGAUUUCAUUAACUUCCAGCUCAUGGAAGAAUGGACAUUGUGGAAUUGAUAACUGCUGUAACAAUAUUAGUAGAGAGAUUCUGACAUUAUAAAUCACAGAAUUAGAGUCAGAGAAUACUGAGGGGCAUCAAUAUAGUCUCUUAGUCCAUAUCAGAUCACUCCAGAAAGCUAAGUUACAGGUCCUGACUGUGUGAAGUAUAAAUGGUCGAAUUUAUAAAAGAAAUUAACAUAUUUCUUUCAAUAAACCAAAUGAAAU